UAUCCUACAUCUUUAAUUGUGUUACCGUUUCCAGGGAUUUUGUUUUCUACCUUUAAUUCUCCCCUUUUAAGAAAUGCUUGGGGGCCGGGGAUGUAGCUCAGUGGCUCCGGCGCCUGCCUCGAAAGCGCAAGGUCCCGAGUUCGAUCCCCGUUGCCAAAAAGAGAAAUGCUUGGUAGGGCAUGCUUGGUAUGCAGUCCGGCUUGGCCUCAAAUUUGGAAUCCUGCCUCAGCCUCCCAACUACCUGGGGAAAAAAGGAUGCUAAACACGCACUUUUGCUAUUGAAGCAGUAAAUGAAUUGACGGAGAACAAGGCUUUUUUGUCUCGUUGAAAGUUGCUGUUAGGGAAGUUUUAAAUGUACUCUUCCCUCUGAAGGGGUGAUGAUUUUGGACUAUGAAGUACGUUGGCAGUAGCCAACGGAAGGAGCGUCUGUCUGUACGAACGCGGUCACAUGCCCGAGGCGUGGAGGCAUGUUAGUCGGGAAGAGCAGGGUGGCUGACUUAGAGAGCUUGCAGGGGUGAGGGGGUCACUGGCUGCCGUGGGUGUUUGCUUGAGCGAUAGUGGACAUUGAAACCGAGGCAACAGCGCAAAUUUACAGGCAGAAUCUCUAAUUGGAAAGCAAGAGAAAAUGGUGAAGGGAUUUCAGUUUGAGCAGAAGAAAAGCCGAAAAGAAUGCAGCCCUGAUGCAGAAGAUUGGGCUGGGUUGCUAACAAACGGAAGAGGCCAGUUCUUACGGGGUUGCUGAGGUGGACUAGGGUCUGGCUGAUCAGCUUCAGGAAAGGCCUCCUGGCUUGGGAAGCAAUCUAGUUCCCCUGAGAUGACUGCUGCUGUUUGGGGGCCAUCGCAGUUUUAGAGGCUCUGUUGGAGUGUGAGGUGACUGCCGGUUUAUGGCAAUGACUUUCUCCAUGCUCGUUUCAAGGGUAAACGCUGGUAGUUGAAUGACCUUGCAGGUCUCAUCUUGGGGUCCUCAGUCUUGAAGGGGGCUGAGAUAGAGUAGGUAAAGUUCGGUCUAAUAAACCCUUUACUACCAGUUAGAUGGACCUUCCCUAGAUGAUUAACCAGCCUACAUGUAGAGCUGAGUGGGGAGUUUUAAAGCUGUAAAGGAGACUGAUCCAAAGUGAAAGCAGAGAUGCCUAGCUUUGUCCUGUUUUUAGUUACGCAUUGGGCUUCUGUAGGCCCAAGUGAAAAGUCUGUUUGUUUUUAAACAAAAACAGGUUUUAAGUCCCUGACUGCUUCAAAAGAAAACAUAAAUCAUACUUUUCAUGAAAAACACAUUAAGGGCCUGGAAGUUUGUUCUCUAUCCCUCAGUGGUGAUCCCCAAGAGUUUUAUUUAUUCUUUAUCUGUUUUAUUCUUGGAGAUGCUAUGGUGAAGGCAUCUUUAAAGAUGCACCUAGUUUUUGAGACCCAUAAAAUUGUUUGGGAGAAUGGGUGGUAGAAAAGAAUACAUAGUAUACUUUUAAUGGGUAAUAGGUCCUGAGUUAAGGCUAAGAAGUACACCUGCCCUUUGACCCCGUGGUAGACAACUGUCUCAGAGGGUAGUGGUCCAUUCUCAAGGGUUGUGGGGAUAUGUGUACAGGUGAUUCAGAUGGAGUCUCCCAGGUAAUAGCAACCAGAGGUCAUCUCUGUCCAAACUGGGGGUUAGCUUUAGCUUUCCCCCUCUUCUUGCAAAAAGGCUGUGCCUGCAUUUACUGUUUAUUAGUGUGUCUAGAUGUAGGCUACUGCAGAGGUUUCUCUGAAUACCCAACUUGAAAUAAACAAAAGAAGUGUAUUUUAGGUGGGACAUUUUUCUUUCCAUUAUUAUCCACAAGCAAGGCCAAAGGAUUUUAUGAGCCUUUUCAUGGGAGAUGAAAGGGCACAGGAUGCAUUUUUUCAGUUGAUACUAGUUGUAAAGUAUGUGUCCCAAGCUGUGAUUGUACAAGAAGUGAAAUCCAAUAUUUUGGUGGUUGAAUUUUUCUAAAAAUGUUGGGCUCAAAAAUUAAUAGAAAAACUAAAGUAAUUGGGGUUUAAAGAAUCUUUAUAUCUCUGAUCAUAGGAUAAUUUGAAGUUGUGAAAAAAUAGAGGCUCAUGGACAUUUAUUUGUCCCUAGAGGGACUGUUACAAGAAUAUUGUAGAAUCAAGUGCUAGUUCUAGGGCUGACCUCAAAACAAGUUUUGAAGAAAAGUGUUGUUAACUACACUGAUUUUAAACAUUUACAAAAAUGUUUAAAUAUGGUCAUCUUUAAGCCAUGCAAAAUAAUUUUAAAAUAAUGAAGUUUCUUGAAUGUCUUUUCUUUUUAAUAUAUAUGACCUAAAUUUUCUUUUUUGAAAAUACAUGCUUAUGGAAAAAUCUACUCAUGAAUAACCACUGUUAGUAUUUUAGCAUCUUUUCCCAGAUUUUUUAAAUAUACGUCAUGAGUACACUGUGUGCUUACAUAUAGAUGUAAUUCUGUGUCUUCAUUGUUCCCUAAUGUGUGUUUUCAACAGGAUUUAUUGUCAUAUAAAAAUAUACAUCAAAAUAUAGAAUAAAAUUAAAAGAUGUAUGUAUAAUCAAUCUUCUUUCCUUCCUUUCUUGGAAUAGGAAAUGAACCUUGGGUCUUCAUGUGCUGUAUGUACCCCUAGCUCCAUCCUAGUCUUUUUAUGCAUGUGAUUUCCCAAAGGUAUAUAUAAAUAAGGAAAAAAGUACAGAUUCUCGUAGUCAUUUUCUCAUCACUGGGACACAGUACUUGACAGUCACAUCUUCAAGGAGAAGUUUAUUUUCAGUCCCUAGUUGGCUGGCUUCAAGGCAGAACAGUGAGGUAAAAGGCCCUGGGAGGAGGAAAAUGCUCUAUUCAUGGUAGGCAGCCAGCCAGAAAGUGGAGCGUGAAGGGAGGCGCUGGGAAGGGAGAUUCACUGAUACUCUUCCAGGCCACGCCCCCACCUGACCUGCCUUUUCUGGCCGAAACCCUUAUCCUUAACAGCAAGUGAGCUAUAAGCCCCCAUAACCCAGUCACCUCCCAAAAGACCUGCCUAUGGGCACAUGAGGGUCUCGGCUACAUCUAGAUAUAAUUCAUAACACAAGAGACAAAGGGCUGUGUGUGUGUGUGUGUGUGAGUGUAUUUUACUCCCAAAGUCACAGACAUGAAACUGAGCUAUUUAGAUGUACAGUAAGGUGAAAAUGACCGUAUACUUCAAGGAUCUGGAUUUGAGGUGGCUAUAGGGUGAACUUGGUCAAGAUUUGAUGAACCAAGAACUCGGUUCAGCCUUAGUUCCAUAUCUCAAAGAGGCAUGAUAAGGUUCAUAGUCCAUCGUGACAAUAAGAUGAACUUAAAAUGUGAAAGCAUUUUGCUUAUUACCUGCCAUAUAGCAGGCCUUCUGUUUUUCUUUCUUUUUCCCUGAACCCCACUUCCUUUUGUCUGAAGUUAAGGUUUUCUCCACUAGAUGGUGAUGGUAGAAAAAUAAAACAUACUAAUGAGCACCUUUAAAAAAAAAUCAUCUCAUCUCCUACUUUCAUUUGCCUAACUGAAUUUAAACUUUCUUUUUGAGUUGGCAUAAAUACAAAUAAAUGCAAACUGUUAUAAGGUCACAGAAUGAAAUCAAUAUAAAGUGAAAAAAAAAGGCUUAAAACUUUGUCCACCUCACUGCUUGUUUUCUACUAAUCUUGACUGUUUACUUUGAGCUGUGUAGCAUUUUAUCGUCCUUCCCCAGAAUCAGUCUGGGGAUGAUGGAGUCACGACUCAAAUGUACCUGUACCACAGGGUCUCACUCAGCCUGGCUGCAGUGCCUGAGCACAAGUAGAUUAUAAGCCUCAUAGUAUUGCACCUCUAGGCAUUAUCUUGCACCCUUGUAUUCAUACCCUAGACAUGUUUGAAGCAAAAAUGAGUCUAGGCCCAGUUAGUCCCACGUGACCAACAUCCUUGCCAUGUUUAUUUACCAUCCUAAGAAAAACCCUGCGGUCAUCUGCUCCCUGUGAUUCCUCUCCCCAAGUGCAUGGUCCUUUCUUUUCCUGACUUUCCCUAGAUUCUGAAAGUUGUACCAUAUGUUACAUUUCUUACUGAGUUUAUCAUAAUACAUUUAAUACAUUUUCUUGGUAUUGUAAGCAGGAACUUGUAAUCUAUUUUCUUGCUGGUCUUUACUGUUACAAAAAUAAAUGGACUUACUUUUAUUUCAUACUUUGCCUUUUCGUAAAUGCUUAUUAGUUUUAAGUGAUUUUCAGUUGAAAACUGUAACCAAGGGUUUUCUGCCCCACACUCAUAGAAGGCAAUAACCAUUAAGCAGGUUUUUGCAAAAAAGAAAGCUUUUAUUGAAGGCUGACAAGACAGGAGGCAUGCUCAAAUCUGUCUCUGCAGUUGGUUGGUGGUGACAGCGUUUAGGAAGGGAGAGGGUAAAGCCACUUGUUGAUCAGAUGGCACGGGAAAGUUUUAGGGCUUUGGGAAGACAUAGAUGGUCAUGCCUCUUCAUCCUUUUGGCGAGUGUUCUAUGUGGGGAUUCUCAGUUUAUGGUGUCAGGUCAUCAGCUAGGAGAAAGGACUUCUGUGCAUGCUCAGCCAUGCAUAGAUUUUUAGCUGGUGUCUGGUGAGUUCUAGUGAUAUUUCCUACAAAACAACCUGGAAGUGCUUGGCCGAUUUAUACCUGAUUUCUCCUGUUUUCACUUGUGGUAUAAUACAGAAUACAUCUGACCUUUUUCCCAAUUCCUGCCACAGAUCUUUGGAGUUCCUUGGGAUUUUCUGGGUGGCAGGUGUGCCUUUAUUAUGCUAAUGAGCCAACCUCUCCUUGGCCUCUAGGGUCCCUUGGGACCAGCCCAGUCUGUGGGGAAGAGGGGUGCUGAUAAUUAAACCCGAUCCUGUGACCAAUGAUGUAAUCAUGCUUGUAUGAUGUUGAGCCUUCAGUAAAGUCUCUGGAUUCUGAAGCUCAGUGGAGCCUCCUGCUUGUGAGCACAGAUCUUGGGCAUGUCUGGAUCUAGGAAGAACGGGCAUGGAGCUCCCUGUCUGGGACCCUCCUGGACCUCACUCUUGUAGUUUGGAUCUUGACUGUCUCCUCAAAGGCCCAUGUGUUAGGGGAUGGUCGUUGAGGAUGUGCCUUUGGAAGAUAUUCUGGAACACCAGUGCCUGUCUCUUUUGUUUCCUUUAGGUCUACAGAUCAUCUGUGCUAGGCAGUAGGUUGCUGAGAGACUGAAGAAAACACCUGAAGAUGGCACGCCUAAAGAAUCAAUGGGGGAGAGACACAUGAGGGGUAUGGGGAGAAGGGCAGAAAGAAUCCUGUGGUCUUCAGGUGGAACUGGAAAUAUAAGGACUCUACUGACCGAGAGUAAAGACUUUUACCAGAGACCUGUGUGGUCAGCUUGAAUUCUGCAAAAUUUCCUUUUAUCUACUGGAACUUACAACUAUGCUUGGAGUGGUUCAAAUUCUAUGAUGUCCUCCUAUAAAUGCCAAGAGAACGGAACACUGAAAAGCCACGAUUGUGUCUUGAUUUACAAAUCGGAGACAGAGGGAAACAAAAACCACACGCCAGAGAGCAGCCUAAUUGGACUCAGCACCAAGAUGCUGAAAGUGAAGCAGCUAGAAGAAAUUAACACGAGCUACAGCAGCAACAGGCUGGAGGAAAUGACAUUUUUCCAGUGCAUGGAAGAGGUAGAGAAAGUGAAAUGCUUUCUGGAAGAAAAUGCCAGCGGACUGGAUUCAAGAUCUGGAAAGAAUGGGGCUAAGGAGAAGGCAUGGUUGAACCCUGGCCUGAAAGAAAGGACGCUUGUCAAAGAUGAAAGGACAUCAGUCAUCACAGAGAGAUCUACCAAGAAGAAUCAUCUCUUCUCUGAGAAAGAAAAGGUUGAUAAGCUCAACAAGAAAAAUGCCGAGAAGACCAGUGCCUCUGUAGCUCAGCUCAGCUUUGCCAUCUGUCCUGCAGAAAGAGGAGGCAAGGAGAAAGACUAUGCCUCGAUAAAUUCCACAGAAGCAAGAGAGAAGACAGGUGGAGAAGACGUUUCAUGCACACAGAGCCUAAAGAAACAGGAAAAUAACAGUGCUGAAGAUGACAAGCAAGCCACUGUGGGUAAAAAUGAGUGUCCAAUGUCCAGAGGGGAGAAAAAUGGGCUCCAUCCUAAGGAAGACACUAGUGGAAGGGAAGCUGAGGAAGGAGGAUCAGCAACCACAAGCAAAACAGUGCUGGACCAAUGUUUGAGUAAAAAGCAACACACCGAUCAAACCGAUGCUGAUCAGUCCCGGGCAAGGUGUAUCAGCAGCGUAAAGGCUGUUUCUACACCAGGAAUCCGAAGGAAUUCCGCAACGGGGUCUGCUUUCCAGAGCGCUGAGCAGGCAGAGUCAGGCGGCAGCAGUAAGCGAAGAGUAACAGAGGAGGAGAGCGGCCUGGACGAGGACCACAAGAAGAGCAGGAUGGACGCAGCGGGUGUGGGCGAAGAGGGCGCGUUUAUAAAGAUGCAAGAAGCCAGCCGAGACCAGAGGGGCGCACAGGGUAAACCCCAGGAGCGCACAGGAGUGGAGACCCCUGGAGAGCAAGACCUGGUGGUCCCCCUGGAUGACAUCCCAGCUCCCGCUGCCCCGUUUGAUCAUCGUAUUGUGACAGCCAAACAAGUAGCGGUCAACAGCUUAUAUACCGUGAGCAAAACAGAAAUCCUAGGAGGGGGGCGUUUUGGCCAGGUUCACAAGUGUGAAGAGAAAGCAACAGGCCUGAGGCUGGCUGCCAAAAUCAUUAAGACCAGAAGCACAAAGGACAAGGAGGAGGUGAAGAACGAGAUCAGUGUUAUGAACCAGCUGGACCAUGUGAACCUCAUUCAGCUCUACGACGCCUUCGAGUCCAAGGACCAUGUCAUCCUGGUUAUGGAGUAUGUGGAAGGUGGGGAGCUGUUCGACCGCAUCAUUGAUGAGAACUGCAGCUUGAUGGAGCUCGACACCAUCCUGUUCAUCAAGCAGCUAUGCGAGGGUGUAAGACACAUGCAUCAGAUGUACAUCCUCCACCUGGACCUAAAGCCUGAGAAUAUCCUGUGUGUGAAUCGGGAUGCUAAACAAAUAAAAAUCAUUGAUUUUGGACUGGCCAGAAGAUACAAGCCCAGGGAGAAGCUGAAGGUGAACUUUGGAACCCCUGAAUUUCUUGCCCCUGAAGUUGUGAACUACGAUUUUGUUUCCUUCCCUACAGACAUGUGGAGUGUGGGGGUCAUUGCCUACAUGCUACUUAGUGGUUUGUCCCCUUUCCUGGGUGACAAUGAUGCAGAGACGCUGAGCAACAUUCUGGCAUGCAGGUGGGACUUAGAGGAUGAAGAAUUCCAGGACAUCUCAGAUGAAGCCAGGGAGUUCAUCUCCAAGCUCCUGAUUAAGGAGAAGAGUUGGAGAAUAAGUGCCAAUGAAGCUCUCAAGCACCCCUGGUUGUCAGACCACAAGCUCCAUGCCAGACUCAAGGCACAGAAGAACUGUAGCUCUGAUGCUCAUAAUCUUGUGACCAAAUAGCCCAUGGAAGGCGCCCCUUUAAAAGGAAAGCUGCUGUGGUUGCUGCUGCUUUGAGAAGACUUUUGGAAAUAUCAGCAGUUCAGAUGACUUGACCCCUGGGAUGACUGGCAGCUGGCCGUAGCGGGGGAGCCCUUGAACUUGAGCUGGGAGGGCCGGUGCCAUCCCUGGGGUGCAGGCAGACCUCACUCCCACGUACUGCAUGGUGGGGAGAUGUUUCCCUGCCUCCUUAUUUUUUUAAUUUUUGUUUUUUUAAAUUUUUGGAUGUUAGUCACUGGGGCAGGGGUACAUUAUGUCUGCUAUUUCUCGAAUUACUAGCACAAUCAGAGUUGAGAUUUAAGAACCUGGAGGAUGCAUUCAGAGGCAGAAAGUGGCUCCCAGUUAUUAAACUGUGUCUCUUAAAGGGGUGAUUGUAUCUCUAGGAAAAUCCUCAGUUUGGCACGCACGCCCUUGAACCCUUCUUGAUUUGGGCUGAAAUCAGGUGAACUCAAUGGGUAAAUAAUCUGCUUGCUGGAAUGCAUGCCUUCUUUGAAUGCCAAGGCAACAGGCAUCAGAGGUUGUCUCUUCCGUUUACUCUGAAGCCUUCCCCAAGCCCAUCAGUUUCUUCCAAGUAGCUGGUUCUGCUUUCAGAUUAGUCACGCGCUUUCAUGACGAGCUUCCUGCUCCCAUCUGACGGGCCGUCCGUAGACUCAGAGACCAAUAACUGCACCUAUGCAGCCCCUGUGACUUGGAGGCUUGUGCAGAAAUAGCAGUCAGACCCCAAAGGCAAAGGCCCCUGCCUCAGCUCUCGUGCCCUUUGAGCACAACAGCGAUUUCCAGUUGGGAGCUUCUUAUUCCUGAAUGCUCCAGCCAUUUCCUGACAGGUAUUUAAUAAGGGGCAGGAGUGCUUCUGUGGGUGGCAUCUGGGGCAUAGAAAGGCACCGAGCUGUAUAGAGCAAAACGUGUGUCAUUUCCUCAUGAAGAAGGAAUGAUGCAGAGCCUCCCAGGAGUCCUGCACACUGCACACCACGCUCCCCACUCAGCCCCGGGACGUUCCUCAGUUUCCAUUUCCAAAUACUGCUGUGUUAGCAGGAUGUGGCCAAUGGCUGUGGUCCCAGCAGUCUGGGAAGCUGAGACAAGAGGAUCACAUGUUUGGGCCCAGACUGAGCGAUUUAGCAACUUAGCAAGACCCUGUCUUAAGAUAGCAUUUUUUUAAAAGGGCUGGAAAUACAGCUCAGAGCAAAAAAGAAAUAGCUACUGUUGUGUGAGAUAUGCUCUCACAAGUCCCUGAUUUUCAGGCCUGUAUAUUGAUCUAGGCUGCUUUGUCGUGACAGCAAUGAAGGGUAUAAGAGAGCAUGGUGGCUCUGUCACGAAGGCAGACUCACUCUUCUCCCUUCUCUCCCACCCCACCUAGGGAGUCCUUAAAGUGUGCCCGUGGGCAACUGAUGCCCAGGUCCCUAUUAUCAUGCGCAAGGGCCCUGUGCCGCUUUCAGCCAUGCUAGCUCUAGACCUUGCUCCUCUGCAGCCUCGGCUCUCAUAAUAUGAUGCAUUUCCUUCUUCCCUUGGCCAACGCAUUUAUCCACGUUUGGUUUCUUCUAUUCCUGUUAUGCAAUUAAGUUUCAAAUGUUUAAUUUUAUUUUUAAAAAAAAGAAAAGGGAAAGAAACACACAUACACACAAAGCAGCCCAGUGACUGAAGGGUUCUAUUACUGGGCUAUGUUUAGCUGAUGCUCUUCAUCGAGUCUGGAAAAAUCCAAGGCAGUGCUCACAUUAAUGUUCCUAGACCACAGAGAGCUGGCAUUCAGUCCAAUGGGCAGCCUGCAUCCAGCCUCCAUUCUGAUUCACAGAGGCAGAGAAAUUUCUCCAGGCCCUGCCAAACACGGAAGGGACAGCUCAGGUGCAAUAUGGCAUGAUUUCUUUGCUGAGUGAUACACUUGAUGACGCUGUCGUUAUCGGAUGUGACUUUCUUAUUUCUUGAGGCUUAGAAAGGAGACUACUUUAGAAAGAAGGGAUCUCAUUUGAAUUUGUAGUUAAACCUCCACAUUUGGAUGGGCAGGUAUCCUCAUGCCAGCGGGUGCCUUUUAUAGGAGAGCUGAGGACACUUCUCGUUGCAGAGUUGAUGACAGUCUAGAGUUACAUGGGAGGGGGAUUAUCAGCCUAGUGUUCCUCCUGUCCCUGCUCCACGCCCAUGGGGCUUCUCCAGCAGGAGCCUGUAGCUUGGCAGAUUGCUGCUCUGCUGGGAAAAGGGGUUUGCAAAGCUGGGUAAUCAAAGCAGAUGCAAGCAUGGGCUCAGAGAAGCGAGUCUGGCUAGACUGGGGCUAUUGUGAUCAAUUUUUCCAGAACGUCAUCAGGAUCUGAGAGCCUGGAUUUCACUUCCACCCUCUUAAUGGACAAUGGGGCUUCACUUCGUCUCACUAGGAAGUUCCCGUUUUUCUACCAAAUGGAGGAAAUUAAGUGCUAAUGUGGCACUUCCCUCUGUCUGGAGAGAAAUAACCCUACCCAUCUUUAAGAAGAAUGCAUACCCACAUCCAUAGUUGAGGAGAUACCGUACUUACUAGAAUAUGCUGAUGUUAAAAAUCAGAGAGAAGAAGGGCCCUGCUCCCAUUUGUUACAUAAAAAACCAAGGAAGGGAUUGUCAUCUGAGUCUGAUCUAAGUUGGGACAAAGAUUUCCAGGUCAAAAACUGGGUGUCACAAAUACCUGUGGGUACCAGGGCUUUACUUUCUCUCCUUAAAAGUAAAUAGGUGUGGCUGUUACCAUGACAGCCCAAUGUUGAUGUAUGUUUCAAAAAAUGUAUGGUUGUUUCUACUUUCAUCUAAAUUAUGAAAAUCAGCGUAGCAUUUUUUUCUCAUUUUAAAAUCAAAAUAGGGAUAGCAGAGUAGGAAAUGAGAAUCCUGUUCUUUAUUUCAUUACUUUUUUGGCUUUAUUUUGUUCUAUCCCUGUGGCUGCCUCUGCCCCUGCCCCAGCCAUUGGGUGAGGAGUGCCAAUGUGCACAUCUAUGCUCAUGUAGUUUGGGCUCUCCUGGAAAAUUCAUUUGUAGAAGUGUGAGCCAGAGGAGGAGCAGGCCCGGCAGGAGGCAGUGGUCGUGCUUGGUUCGGCUCCUUGUACCCCGAGCCACUCCACCAUCCACGUGGGUGGUGAUGGCCCAGGCUCCUUCUCAGUAUCUCCAAUGCUUCCUACUUUGCAUUUGCUCUUAAAAUUUUUUUUUAACUUCUCUUUUUCGUGAGUGAAAAGUAAAGUCUGUCUUCUCCAUCAUGACAACUUCUCUUAAGACCUUUAGUUUAUUUUGGGUGCCUGGGAUUGAACCGAAAACCUCACAAAUGCUAAGUUUAUGCUGUACCACAAAGCCACACCCUCAGCCCCUACCCCAAGGGUUUCUUUUCCCACCCUCCUUCCCUUCCUUCCUUUCUUUUUUUCAAUGCUGGAACCUAGGGCUUCUCACAUGUCAGGCAAGCACUCUCUUACAGAACUACACCCCUUCCAUCCUCAGCCCUUUUUAUUUUAUUUUGAGGUAAGGUCUUGCUGAAUUGCCCAUGCUGGCCUCCAAUGUGUGAUCCUCCUGCCUCAGCCUCCAGAGUAGCUAGGAUUACCUUCACAUGCCACCAAUGCCCAGCUUACUAAGGCUCUUUGAGAUCAGAAUUUUAUUUAUAAAAGGCAGCCUCUUACCAUCCUAAAGGAAAACUGGUGCUGGACAUAUUCAGUAUUGACCUCCUGCAUUUAGAUUGCUUCCUUGCAGAGCUUGAAGUCUACAGUUUCUCAAAUUAGAAGCCAGCAUGUGUCCUUGCUCUGGUUAAGCAAGGUAUGUUUUGGGUCAGUGGUCUUUAUCUAGGCAGUUUCACCUUCCAUGAAGUCUAGUAGCUCAGUUACUAAUACCAAUCGAAAAGAGCAGAAAACACCACAUCCUGGGAGUGCAGGAGCUGCACACGGACAUAUGUGGCUGUCGGCCCAGCCUGUAGACCCCAGUACGUCUUUCUGACAGGCUUAUCCAUGCAGAUAAGCACUUAAAGUGGAUUCACAAGUGGUGAGUGCAUGUAUCAUGUGUAUUUUUAUUUCUGAAGGUAGGUGUGUUCUGCUGUAUCUCUUUGCCUCAUAAAAAUGUACUAUGAGAGUCAUGUGUAUGUAUUAUGUUAAAAAACAAACAUGGUCCUUAUUUACCCUUUGUUAAUGAGCUAAAUUAUUCAAUAAAGUAGACUUGGAAAACGCAA